AUGCCUGCCACUCGCAAACACCUUCAUAUUUCGAAACCACGUCGUCGUCAGAGGUCUGUGAGUCUCACAACUCGGGCCUCACGUUGCGGUGUAAAGAAUUAUGUCAACGUACUUAAGAGUGCUCACCCCACCGUCGAGUUGUUUUUCCCUGUGACCAAGCAAUACUUGCAAGAAUACAUUGACGCAAAGAAGAAGCAAGGGACAAUCAAGGCAAAUUCCCUCGACCAAUAUUUCCAACAUAUCGAGAGUUAUAACAUGGCCCUCGGACAUGGGUGGGACUCGCAGGAGUUCGAGCCCAUGAUGCGUGAGGUCUUGGAGGCUUUGGUUCAGAAUGAGGAGAAAUGCGGUCUCUCACGUAAACAGUCGUUAACUCCCGAGGAGGAAGAGGAUGAAUUGAGUCACGAAAACUCGAAUGAUCCAUCUGUACCCACGAUCUCUCUUGUUUGCUUUGACAUGGCUCAUGUCCCUGCGAUGAAGCUCGAGCGACAAAUUCGAGUUCCCACCUCAAACGUUGACCCAAACGCGGAGCCUGGUAUUGCGCUUCAACAAUUGUAUCAAAACAUCGCUAGUCUAAAACUUCCAAAGAGAUGGGGCAAAAUAGAUUCUACCACCAUCUACUUUCGCAAUGGUACAUGGAAGGAUGCCCCUCAUUUUAUGUUAGAUGAUAAUACCUUCAAAUGUUUCUGGGAAAAUUACACCAACAGACGGGAAGGAGAGGAGGUACAACUAAUUGUCUACUCAAAACAACGAAGCGUCACACCGG